UUGCUGGGAUUUUAAAACUUUUUAUGUUGAGGCUGCAAUUGCAAUUGCAUAAUGCAAUUUGAAACCCUGAAACUAGUUAUGACGCACUAGUAUCUUAUCCUCUUGCAUGCAAUUUCCCGCCACAUUAUGUAAUUUUUUCAAUUUGUGAUAUUCUCUUUUUUUCACAUUUCACAUUUCUUCAAACACGUACUAGUAUCUUAUCCUCUUCCAUCAAAAUAUCUCACCUCCCCUCUUUUUCUUUGAAUUAAACACUGCACAAACAACAGGAUUCAUGUUCUCACAUACCAUUCUUACACGACUUCUUUUAGUAGUAAAACAAGAUAAAUAAAUUUGAUAGAAUAGAAUAUUCUUAUAUUUAUUAUUCUGUAAUUAUGCAUGUAAUUAGGAUUUAGCCUUUAUUAUUAGUCAACUUUGUAUUUGUAUAAAUAGAGGUUUAUUCAUCAAUAAUAGUCACGGAAUUGAUUUCCUUCAUGGUAUCAUUGAGCAGGUUCAGAUCCCUUUUCUGACCUAACUUUUCUUUUAAUUAUUAUUCCCUUAUUUUUUUUCCGCCCCUCUCUGUUUGGCUCUUGAGCCCGCCGCCGGCAACGCUUCCUUCCCUCGCGCCACCAGCCGCCGCCAGACCCAACACCGGCGCCUUCAGCCGCGCCGCCCGCACGUCGCGUGCCCCCCUCUGCGCGUCACCGAUCCGUUCUGCACCAGCACCGGUCGCGUGCGUCUUCUCUUGCAAGACCCCGCAGUGCUCCUUUCCUGCUCUUUCUCGCCGCCGGUCCUCCUCAGUGGCCGCGCCGCCUCCUCGCGCCGCCUCCUUGCGCCGCUCACGCUCCCGUCGUGCCGCCUACGACCACCAUCUGCAGCAGAUCCGUCUGCAGAAGGCAGACCCGACCCAUCCUCCUUUGGGUCUUCAAACCAACCCGUUUGGUUUCUAGGUUUGGUCCAACCCACAACCGGUUCGACCAACCCAGAUCAGACCGGUUCAACAAAGCAGCCGCCCGGUUCAACCAGCAGCGGCUCUCCCUUUCUUAAAAAAAAAAAAAACAAAGUUCCUUAAUUCAUUCUAUUUUCUUUUUAAUUAUUUUCCAUGGCAGAUUCAGGCUCUACCAACGGCGCCCCCACCAGUGACACCGCCACCACUAUGGUCACUCCACCAGUUCCGCCGGCGUCUGCUAAGUCGGAUUUUCAUCCGGCCCUUGCUGUCACCAAUAUCAAAAACAACAUUCCUUUCAAACUCGAGAUAGACAAGGAUCAUUAUGCUAUGUGGGCUGAAUUGUUUGAAACUCAUGCUCACGCCACUCAGGUGCUCCACCACAUCAUUCCUCAAGCUGGCAUGGAGCCUCCUGCGCGCAAUGAUGCUUCCUAUGCCCGGUGGGCCACUCUUGACUCUACUGUCAAACAGUGGAUUUAUUCCACCAUAUCCUUUGACCUUCUCGCCACUGUUAUGGAGAAAGGUUCUACUGCUAUGGCUACUUGGAACCGUAUAGCUUCUAUGUUUGAGGACAAUCAGAAUUCUCGUGCCGUCGCUCUCGACCAGGAUUUCAUCUCCACUCGCAUGGAGGAUUUUCCUAGUGUUUCGGCCUACUGCCAGCGUCUGAAACAAAUCUCUGAUCAGUUGCGGAAUGUUGGUGCCCCAGUCAGUGACCAUCGUCUUGUUCUCCAGUUGGUAUCUGGUCUCACUGAGCCUUUUCGUGGUGUUGCUACCCUGAUCCGUCAGAGCGAGCCCUUGCCCCCUUUCCUCAAGGUCCGCUCCAUGCUGAUUCUAGAGGAAUCGGGUCUCGCCAAGAUGUCCGGCCAUGCCUCUCAGACUGUUUUGCAUACCUCUGCUUCCCGUCCACAGGCCUCCGUUGACUCUUCUCAGCAGCGCCCCACCUACCGUAGCGAUCAGGGACACUCCAACCAUCGUUAUGGGUCAGGGCACAAUCGCAAUUAUCAGGGUAGUUCUGGUAAACCUAAGAAGAAAGGUGGCUCUCGUCAUCAUGGAUCUUCUGGCUCUUCUGGUUCCUCUGCUGCAUCUCCUCCACCAUGGCGCCCACCUCCGCAGGCAUCCUGGAAUCCCUGGGGUUGGGCUCCUCCCCCUGGUUGGGCCCCUUCCCCUUGGGGCAUGCCUCCCUGUCCUUACCCGACAUCUCAGUGGUCGCGUCCCAUGGGUCCUCCGCAGCAACCCAGCGUUCUAGGUCCGCGUCCUCAGGCCUACACCGCUACCGCUUCUCCAGCACCCACUGAUAUCGCUGCUGCCAUGCAUACCAUGUCUUUGACUCCUCCAGACACCACAUGGUACAUGGACACCGGCGCCUCAUCCCAUACUACGGCAUCUCAAGACGGGGAUGCCUCUCCUGAGAUGUAACAGCCCUGGCGACCUCUACCCAGUCACCCGUUCCUCUCCUUUUGCUGGUCUUGCUUCUGGUGUCUGGCACAAUCGCCUUGGUCAUCCUGCUUCCUCAGCUUUAAGUCACC